AUGGACCCUGCCGGACGAGCCGCUGCCGUGGACGAUGGCGCCGGGCAAACACCACCACCGCCGGCGCAGGCUCGGGCGCCAGGACAGCGGGUGACGCCCCCCAACAAUGCCGCUGGAGCUGUCGCCGGAGGUGGCUUCAGCAGAAGGACGCCGCCCGACCAUCAUCACCAUCGUCAUCAUCAUAAUCACCAUCAUCGCCAUCGUUCAAGCGGCAGCCAGUCUUCGCCCCCGGGGCCUGCUGGGCCGCCUCCGCAUCCCUUUCGCCUGCACAGAUCGACUCACUUUCGAGCCAACCCCCGUCUCAGCAUGUCUCUGGACUCGGACGAUUCCGGCUCCGAGCCGGACCUGAGCCUGCUUGGAAUGGCUCGAGGAGGUGCUGGCCCGGAGGCUCGCCUCAACGCCAUGGCCUACGACGAUGCCGGUGGCGAGGACGAUGACGAGAUCUUGUCCCAGGAGCAUUACGAAAUUGAGGACACCAGCAUUGAGGAACAAGCCGACGAGCAAGAGACGGCUCCGCUGUUUGACCCGGCCACAGUUGGACUCAAGGAAAUCUCCAACCUCGGCAAGUUCACCGUGAGCAGCCACAAGCCCGGCAGUGGCGUCGACGAGCUUCGAAGCGACGAUCUCAAGCUGUGCUGGCAGUCAGAUGGCCCGCAGCCGCACAAGCUGACCGUCUACUUUGUCAAGCGUGUUGGCAUCCGCGACAUACGCUUCUUCGUCGACUACAACGAGGACGAGUCGUACACGCCGACCAAGAUUGUCUUCAAGUCCGGCACCAGCGAGAACAGCCUCAUUGAGUUUGCAACCAUGAACCUGGACAGCCCCGUCGGAUGGCAGCAGGUUCCCAUCGCGGGCGCUGGCGGCGAGCCCGACGGUAACACCCUCGUCUCGUACGUGCUACAAAUGCAGAUUCUGGAGAACCACCAGAACGGCAAGGACACGCACCUGCGGGGGUUUAAGAUCUAUGCCUUUGACGCCGACGCUGCCCACGGUGCCGGUCGAGAGAGCAGCGUCGCGGGCGAUGACAUGGACUUGACCGGGGGUGACGGCGACGUGGCCCGCCAGGAGAGCUCCGGAGACAUGCUCGGCGACAUUGUGAGGACGCUGGCUGCCGCAAGACUCGAGUCUGGUGAGGCAGGGUUCACGAUGCCAGAGUUUAUGCGCGAGCCCGAGAUCCGAUGA